GCCCUUAAAGGGGCGGGGUAUGGAAAAGAAGACGAAUGUAGCCGAUAGCAAACAAGACUGGCAAGCAAGAAGGAAUUUUCUUACUAUUCUAAUUGUCCUCAGUUUUUCGGGUCAAGAACCACCAAACAGCGCCUUUUUGUUCAUCUGAAAGCGAUCCCGGUAGUGGACAACAGAGGAAGUCUGCCUGCUUUCCCCUUUGCAUCCAGUAACGAAGUCAUGUCAGCCCCAGGUUACCCAUCCCCUCACCAAGGUCCUGGAAGUUACUCCAUGGCCCCUUACCCUGUUCCUCAGGGAGGGUAUGGUGACCCUAACCAAGCUCCACCACCGGUUGGCUUCCAUAUGGGCUACAACCACCAACAACCCCAGCCAGGCCACCCAGUUAUGUACCAGCCUGGACCAGUAGGCCAGGGCCCAGGUCCUAUGCCCAUGCCUGAAUAUGGUGCACCUCAGAUGGGUCCUAGCCCAGGCUAUGGUGGUCACAUGCCCGGGCCAGAAUAUGGUGCGGCUAACUCAGGGCCUCAUGCAGCCAUCUCCCCAGCCCCUGCAGGAGUUGUGCCAGUCGGCGUUCCACCUGGUCUGGAGUACCUAACACAGAUUGACCAGAUCCUUAUACACCAAAAAGUGGAGUUGCUGGAAGCAUUCAUCGGCUUUGAGACCAACAACCAGUACGAGAUCAAGAACAGCCUGGGUCAGAAGAUCUACAAGGCCAAAGAGAAGAACGACUGCUGCACGCGCAACUGCUGCGGCGCCCUGCGCAGCUUCGACAUGAAGAUCAAGGACAACAUGGACCGUGAGGUCAUCCGCCUCAUACGACCCUUCCGCUGUGCCUCUUGCUGGUGCCCCUGCUGCCUGCAGGAGCUCGAGGUCCAAGCCCCGCCUGGCACCACCAUAGGCUAUGUGUCCCAGGACUGGAACCCCUGUGUGCCCAAGUUCUCCAUCAAGGGUGCCAACAAGGAGACCGUGAUGAAGCUGGAGGGACCCUGCUUCGCCUGCAACUGCUGCGGGGAUGUCAACUUUGAGCUGACGGGGAAAGAUGGAGGCAAGCCCAUCGGCCGCAUCAGUAAGCAGUGGAGUGGCCUGCUAAAGGAGGUCUUCACCGACACAGACAACUUUGGCAUCCAGUUCCCCCUGGACAUGGACGUCAAGAUGAAGGCCGUGCUCAUGGGCGCCUGCUUCCUCAUUGAUUUCAUGUUCUUCGAGAAGGUUGGCGACAUGAACCAGCGCAACACAGUCUUCUCGUAACAAAGGAAAAAGGAGGGAAAGACCGAGCGCUUGAUUCAAUGCAGUCUGUUUUUCAGUUCCUGUUCGGAACCCACUUUUUUUUCAGAUUCCGGAUGCAACUCCUUCCUUAUUCCAAAGCUUAGAGGAAGCUGCCAUUCCAUGCCAGUCCCAGAACUCUUUGUGUGAAACAGCAUGAGACCUUCUGACGAUGAGCUUUCCUUUGCGCCAAAAUUGCCUUUCGGGACUGUUUCUGUCUAUCCGUCCAAAUGUAAGAAUCAGGAAGUUUAUUUUUAUUUUUUAUGUAUUUUUUUCUUCUUUAAAAAUGUUUCUUUAUCUGUAUGUGUGGGUUUCAGUACAGUAUAGAUGGCAAAGUACCAGUUUUAUAUCAACCUAAAUCGGCAUUCUUAAAUCUACAUUCCAGAUUUCUUUGGUGACAACCACGGCAACCACCUGAAUACCAUCAUGUUUAAGUAGAAAUAUAAGACUCUACAUUUUGCGAUUUCUGUUUUGCAUUGAUAUAUUUAGCAUCAACAUGUACAUUUGGUUUAUGAAUGACAUGUUAAUACCACAUCCAUCUUUCUAAACUUGAACCAGCCAUCAAAUGUAUUACUGUAGGGAUCUAGGUAAUUUCAUGAUUUAGUCUAGUACUUCUAAAGAGAUUGUAGAAUUUGCAUGUACAAUACUAUAGUAACUAUACCAGCUAUGGUGUUAUUAGCUCCCGUAUCAUAUUUUGUACAAUACUAUAGUAACUAUACAAGCUAUGGUGUUAUUAGCUCCCGUAUCAUAUUUUGUAAGACGAUCAUGCACAUAACCAUACAAAGUAUACUUAUGCGCUAUGGUGAAAACUAGUCGUUUGAGACUGGGACACUAUUAGUAGUGGGAAAAGGCUCAUUUUGACUAGGAAUGCUUGUGCUAAAUGUGUAGGAAAAUCAGAUAGUUCGAGAUAUGUUUAUGUAUUCUAAAGUGCUCUUUCUCUAGCCUUGUCUCAUACAGUAUGUGUAACUAUGUUGUCAUGCCACACAGAGUUUGCUACAGCACAUGCAGUAGGGACAACGAGGCUUCUCUUUCCCUGCCUCUUUUCUCUUGGCUUGUCUCCCUGACUUUGUGCAUUGUUUGCGGUGUGCAUGGUCUGUUCUGUUGCUAUGGAGACUCACUCCUUUUUUUUUGUCUCUAGAGAUGAAAUCUGUUCCAGUAGAAACUGAAAGGAAGAGGGCGUGGUGAGAGGGGGAAACCGGAAAAAGAGAUGUGGGUGGGAGAGAACAUUACUGAACAUUGAGGUCAGGCAGUUAGGCUGUUAGAGGCUGGAAAAUAAGAGUCAGGGAAACACUUUACUUUCCUGUGUAACCAUGCUACUAUAUUAGUGAAAGGAUGCCAUACUAAUUGUGUUGGUAAGUAAACUGUACUCACCCGCCAUAGAUCCUUAAUGGCUGUUUAACAGAUUUGAAUGUCUGUGUCAAUGUCCACUUGCAUACUACUUAGAAUGCAUGGCCAAUACAUUAAUUCAUUCUAAGUAGUAUGCUAGUAUGGACAUUGGAAUGUUACCAUGUGAUUGGGAGGAGUAAAUUAACAGUUCAGUGGAACUGUGGCGCAAAUGUUGCGAAGAGCAGUCGUCCUUGGAACAAAGCGUUAAGUCUUUAACCUUUAUCACUUAUUGGCGUGUCUCAAAUUACCAUAGAGAUGGAUAGAGGACGCUUGUGCCCAAAAGUCUGUUUUAGCAUGGGCAGUGCCAUUGACUUUCACCAGUUGAAGUAGUUAACUGAGUGGGACUUCCUAUGAGUUAAGGAAGGAUCACACAAUUCCAUCUGGGUCAUCAGGAGGGAUCAGCCAGUUAAUUAUACUCGUGAGCAAACAUUCCACAGCUGCAGGUGACAGUAAAUUGCAAAUAUUUGCUUUACCCCUGUUUAAACACAUUUGAGGUUGCAGUACCCUUUCAGUUUGUUUACCAAUGCAUAGGAGUAGACAUUUUGACUGAUUUGAAUAGUGACUGCCUUUAAGAAGCAAGGAAUACCUUUGAAAACCGCAUCCAUAUGAGUAAGUUAUUCUAGUGCCAAAAUUGACUACAAAGUGUAAAUAGGAUAAUUUUGGUUAUAAAGUCAGUCUUGUCUAAAACUGAGUUUGGAACAACGGGUAAAUUAAUGUUGGGAUUUGAUGAUGUCCAUUUGCCCACUAACAUGGGGUGAACAGCUUCAUUGAUUGUUCUCUAUCCAAUAGCAUAGACAGUGAGACAGACCUGUCCAGCAGCUCCGACUUUAAGUGAGACGACACGUCGCAUAUUUUACUUGCGAAAUACUGCACCAAACACCUUAGAUAUAAAACAUCCUCUGCAAAAACGUCAAAAUUAAUUACAGAUUUCUUGAGUUGAAUCUUAGAUCCAUUCUGGGGAUUUUGAGGAAGUUAUAUGGACUUCUGCAGUGUCUCAUGGGGGGACAAACAUUAACCAAACACCAACUUGGUCAGGAAACACACCUCCAAGACUGAAAUCACAUUUUUCUAAUGAACAACAGAAAAAAAACGUGCUAAUCGACGUGUUCAGUAGCUCUUUAAUGGAGAUGCCCAUGCGCUCACAGAUGCCAGAUACAAAGAAGAGUCCUCUAUCAGUCUCUAUGGUCUAAAUGGAUAACGUGUCCCUCAACGGGGUGGGGUUGUGGUUCACAAAAGUGCCUUUUUACAUCCCAACUAUCUUCACUGUCAAAAUGUCAAUUGUUUCCCUAUUGUAAUGUACUACUUUGGGCUAAAUGGGGAGUAGGGAGCCAUUUUGGACACACAAGUAUCUGUCAAUGACUUCUCCAAAGCCACUAUCAUGAAGCAUUGAAAUAGUGUCAUAUUGAUGUGUUUCAAUUUAAUAUAGGCUACACUUUAUACAAGGUGAGAUUGUAUUAUUGCCAUUACUGUACUCUGUAUGCGAUAGCUUAAUGUUCUGUUUGUGUGUAAGCAUGACCCCUAUCAAGGAAAUAGCCAAUGGAUGUGUUUCUAGUGCAUUUUCUACGUUUUCAUGGGGUACGGUGUUGACUCUUUACGCAGUGUUUGUAGUCUUGAGAACCUGACCAUAGGCAACAGCAGUGACUGAUGCAAACUAGCCACUUGUAAAAUGCAAUCAUUAAAAAUAACCUCUGAUCUCCAUCUUGCUAGCUAUUAUUUUGUAUUYUUUUCAAGUGGAUAGGGUAGUGAAAUAUGAAGUGAUGUAGUUCUUCUAUGCCAAACUGGCGUUCUUUCACGUACAGACGUGUUGAGGUGAACAUUUGAACAUUUUGGGAGGCAAACCAGAUGUCUAGAGGCUGCAUUGUUUGUGGAUAGUGCUUGGURUGUGCAUUAGGCAAAUAUGUCAAACAUUUAAAUGCUUUGGGGCAAGUGGAGAUGUUUUUGUACCAUUUUUGUUUCUGAAGAUUUUCCUGGGAACCUUUUCCAAAUCUUAUGGAGUGAGUUUUUUUUUUUACAUACAAAAACCCCUCACUCCAUUGUUUGUCAAAAUAAAUGGCAGAUUGGUUUUCUUAAUCGAUCUUGUUCUGAGGCAGAAA